UAAGGUGGUUACAAGCUCUGCCUACCAAGCUGUUUUAAACAAUUUUUUAAAAAUAUCUAUUUUAUCAAUAUUUUAAAAGAAAUAUGUCUGAAAAGAAAAAAUCCACCAAGACAGUCUGUAGGCAAGUUGCUGGCCUCAAAUGGCAAAGAAGGCUCUCCUAUGAAACUAUGUUAUUAGUGACUUUACCGUACUUAAAUGUAUAAUGUGCACACGGUGUAUUUUUUUUGUGAUAGGUUGAUUUGGGCAUGGACAUGGACAUCACUGGAAUUGCUACACAAGCAGAGAGUUAUCAGAAGUGAUUCUGGACAGAAAAAUACACUCUAAAUUUCAGUAGAGAUGGAGUUAAUUUUUUUUGCCUACACACCUCCUUUGGAUGGCAAAAAUACUGCUAGUGAGGAACACAAAGGGAUUCCAAAAGAAAUGAGGAUCCUCAACUUACAGUGCGGACCAAGAAAAUGAGGUUAGUAAGAUAUUUAUUGUAUCUCCACUGUGUGCCUGACGGGUUCAUUAAGGAUUUGAGCGGCUUCAAAUUCUGACGCACCUCGAAAGCAAAACAAGCCAAUUUGAAAUCAUUUUUGAGUUGAUAGCAUGCUUUGAUACGCAAUUUUGAGUAAAAGACAGUUUUAAACUUUUACUUGCUAUGAACGUUACAACACUUGGCGAUAAAUCAUGGAACAGUUUGGCGACAAUGCAAAAACAGCUUUAAAUUUUAGCGAGCUGCACAGGAAAAUAUGGCCCACUAAAUUGACCAAUCACGGCCCACGUACUGACUGAGAGAUAUAAUAUAAUCGUAGCCUGUACAGGCUUCUGCUGCCUAUAAUAUAAAACAGAAAUAGUAAAAACAGUCUCUUCAAUGUGAGAGAACAGAAACUUGCGAUGAAUGCCAGUAUAAACUAACUGUGUAUUCUUAUCUUACAGAUGUAUCUUACUGUGAGUCUGGGGAAAAUUGUCAAACAUAGCUGGUUUAUAUAUCCAAAACAAGCAACGUUUGAAAAAAUAAUUUCAGUUGUACAUCCUUCUGUUCCUCGAACUUAGGAUGAUAUGAGGGUGAAUUUGAAAAUAUCGCGCCUCCUGCUGGUCAUUUGUUAACUCUUGGAAGACGGUCUUGAUGUUGCACGCGCAGGAGAAGCCAUGUCUCAUCAUCAAUCGGAGUUGUUCUUCUUUGAUCAGUGCAGCGCGAGACGCAAAUACAAACGCUUUCGAAAACCGACUGAACUGUUACCUUUCUCUUUACGACUUACGGGCCUCAGCGGCGCGGUCAAAGUCGAAGCUUAUCUUAAACAGCAACAGCAAAAAGCUGGAGACUCAGCACAAGGAAAGGAAAAAGGUUUUGUGACAGAAAGCAGCGAGACUCCCGGGUCACGAGCGGCAGAAACGCUCGGCAACUUCCUUCUUCACAAAGGUGAUCAAUCAGAUCUGAUCGACGGCAAGAAACACGCUGGUGUUGGAAAAUCAUUAAAUUUACCUGACAUUGGAUUGCAUCCAGGCGGAAUUCACUCUCCUCCAGCAAUAAGGAGCUUUGAACAGUUAGAAGGAGACGAUGACGAAGAAGACACACAAAGAUUUUUGUUCGAAGAGAACAAGUUUGCCUCUCAAAAUUUACUGGCGCAGCUUGGGCGAUUGCUUGAUCAAAUUCACCAGGAACAAUUAGAGGAAUUAGAAGAAAUUCAAUCAAAUAGUGCUCAGUUUAGCAGAGCUUCAACUCCUCGGCUAGUUGUAGCUGGCGAGGAGAGCAGUGUUACUGAAACUAUUCGUAGCGGGGGAGUUGUUGUUCCUCUACCGGACGAUUUGCACAGAAAGCUUAGUGCAAACUUCGAAGAACUUUCCUCCGGCGUUAUUUACUUGCGUCGUGAGUGGCAGACUACCAGUUAUAGAGAACAAGCGAUCUUACAGAAACGGCUAGCAAUCAUGUCUGAUUCGCAAACCAACGUAGAGGCGUCCAAGUCGGGUCACGAGAAAAAUAUAGGUGUGGAUCAAAACAAAACAGCGGCCAGCGACGAUAAGUCAGGAGCGGUUAGAACUUCGGAAUCGAAAGAUCUUAACAAACGGAAACAAUCAACUGUCGGAGAAUCGAUUACAAAGAUAGACUCCACAGAUGCGGAGUUAAAAAGAGAAUCAGUUGUCCCAACUCCUGCCACAGAUCAUUCUGACAUAAUGGGUCGCCGAGAAUCUUCGCGUAAUUCAUUUUAUGGUUUUAAACCCAAGACUCGGCUUGAGCGGUACAAAUUGUUGAACGACAAGUCUAGUGAGAGAAAAAGAGGAUCAACUAGCAUUCAUUUUGAAGAGGAUGAUGAAAAUCAGAAAGACGCAUCUGAUGUACAUUCUGGCCAUGGGAUUGCAGGGCAGCCAACAGUUAUCAACUUCUCCUUGUUAUCUAAGACUUGUGAAGAAAAAGGCUGGAUACUGCAUCAAGAUGAUGCUAGUGAUCUUGAAAGACAGACAUUGAUAGAAUGGGCACGAUCAAGGUUACAGCAGAGUAUCAGAGAAAAGGAAGAAAUGAAGGAGAAAGCAAGAGAGCUUGGCAUUGAUGGUCCGCUAGUAACCAAGUACUAUGGCGACACCCACAGGGAGGCAGCUUUAAAGUACAAGAAAGGAGUCUCGUGGGCCAAACGGUGGAAGAACAUGUCUGAGGAAGACAAGAGACCAAAAUUUCUCACCACUUUGCCUGAUGGCACCUCAUACUGCUACUACCCAUCUGGCCGUGUAGCAAUAUGUGCCAUCUAUCCAGGUCCUAACAUAACCGGCAGAUACACUAUAGUGUAUGGAGAUUCUACUGACAGCCCCAUGUUGGCUACAUUUGUACCAGCAGGACAAGGGUGUUGUUAUCAUAAGAAUGGAAGUAUAAGAUUUGUUUCAACGGCUAAAUUUGGUGCUGUUAUGGAAGAUGAUGGCGGGGUGGAGCAGAAGUGGAAGUGGCCUUUAGGGAGGCUUCAGACAACUGUCACUGUACAGCUGAAUAACUUUAUCAGUCUCCGCUGUUUGAGCCAGUCAGGGAUAACCUUGUACUUCAGCUGCCAGAGUGAGACUGCUAAGUUCCAUGUUGGACUGGCACAAGGAGCAAAACCUGUUAAGCUUACUGAACUGGGAUAUCUCCAGACAAGCAUGAAGUUUUCUUCAAAUGCUGCGCUUUUGUCAAUGAAGCCUAAAGUUAAAAAGAAAGAAGAAAGAAGGAGAAAACGAGCACAGAAGCUUAAAAAUCCUGAAACCAUAUCUGAAGAGGUGCUUGAACAACGGCAGCAGGAGUUAGAGGAGAAAUUUCCAGAGAGGAAAGAACUCGAUUUGGACGCACCAUGGCAGAUGGAUUUAUUAAAACUUCAGCGUAAAGUCAAGGGCUUGAUCUUUGACUGGAUGGAACAUUACCGUGUUGCUGUCGGUAUUUCUCUUCCAAUCCGUUUUAACUCUCGUGCAAAACGCCGAUCCAUGUCCCAUUCUGCUCGCUCUAUGCCAGGUACCCUCCCUUCAGGGUUUCAGACAACAAGGACCUCAUUGCGGCGAUCUCCUUCAGCACCUCCUGUUCCACACCCUGCAGGCAAAUCUUGGGACCGCUCAAGAUCUCAGCUUGGUACGCGGCCACAUAGUUCAGCAGACAGUGCCAAGCUGAGUACAAGAGCUAAUGAUCUCAGAGGUGUUACUAUUGAGGUACCCACAAGUGAGAUGCUUGGCGGCUCAAGGCUUGCUAGUAAAGCUGCAUCAGCAUUCUCUGGCACCCACAGUCAAUCACACACUGCUUCACGGACUCCUUUCCGCUGUGGUGUUGUACAGGCGCGUGUGGCUACUCCACCAAGGAGUGGGUGUCCUGUCGCUUUAAGAGCAGAGAUACUUGGAGAAAAAGAUCCGCAAUGCAGAUGUGAUCGUCGAAAGAUUCCUCUUGUCAUGGAUCUGGAAUAUGACACGUUUAUCACCGAACAUGUUCCUAGAACACAGCUUCUUGUUGUCAGUGUCACGUCAUCUCUCUAUCCUGAUGCAAACCCUUGUGACAGUAUGUUGGACCAGCUGUUCCACGAGAAAAACCGGAACAGAUCUCUACCGUGUGUACAGGCUCAAAAUGAUCCUUUUCGCUUGGUCCGUUACGACAUUUCAUUAGCAUCACGUGGUUUAUCUCAGUCCCAGCCUCUUCUCCUCAGACGACAUAACGCUGUGCCAGGAAUGUUCUUAAUGUACACUGGAGGAAGGCUUCUGUUUGCUGAUCAUAUAUUCAAUGGCUAUGGAAAUGCUAAGAAAGAUUUUCUUAAACAGAUUAUGAGAACAAGAAAGGACGCCCUGGAAGGAAAAGCCCUUCCCGCAGACUUUCGCCUAAGUCCAACACGCGGUCGUUCUGGCCCGAGAGCCGCCUGGGGUGGAGAGAUUGGUGGACCCAAGAUAAGCGAGCGAGUCCUAAACAUGAGUCCAUCUGCAGCAGAAAUACAAGUCUCUCAGAACAGUAUGAGGCUUGAUUCUGCAGCUACCAGUGCUUCACUGAGCUCUGCUUCUAUUGAAAUAAGGGGCGGCACCAGUUCAGCGGCAAGUUUUGUUAAUUUAGGCUUGUCUAUAGACAGUCCGUACCCAAUGCACUCCAAAAAAUGGAUCACUUCCGCUGAGACAAUUCCUGAACAUCGCCGAGUACAGACCACAGCUUGGUAGCAGGAGUACAACAUGUAUACAUAACGAGAUAUUUGUAUUCUUAGGUGAAAUGGAAACAUUUGAAAUGAAUUUUUAUUUAAGUCUGCAUCACGCGGAAUACGGUUGUAUUGGAAAGAAAAUAUUUUAACUUAUUUGAACAAGGCAAUAGUUUAAAGCGUUCCGAGAAAAAGUCAAAUCAAUCUUUACCAAAACAGGAUUACUUGAAGGUUUCUCAAACGUACUGUACUGUUGUAGGUUUUAGGGUGGUCUUUCUGAAUUAAUCAAAUAAUUAGGUCUAAAUGAAUCGAGACAAGAUAUAUUUUUAGUAUCAAAGAUCCUAUGAGGUUAUUUAUAAGAUCGAUCUAUCGAAAAUAAAACAGAUUUUUUUAUUA